UAUCUGUAAGUUUUGAGCAACGGCCGACGAUUCGGCGAUAAUGUUAUAUAUUCUGAUUUCUAACUUAACGAUUAACUUUAUGCUACGCUGCCAUGAAUGUAGCGGACAUCGUCAGUACUCAGUAAUAGUGGUGAUUGACGAGUGUCGCCGGCGUUAAACUUUGUGUCAUGUAUCAUUGGAAACGUCAUCUGACUGUACUGUUCGUUUUUUUAUGUCUCAAAUUCGAAUAGAUUCAAAAAAUUGUCAGCAAAAUCAUUAACCCAAAUUAGAUUUUUACUGAACCUUGUUGUUUGGCUUGUAUUAUACCAUUAAGUAUUUCUAUGUAUUACACAGUCACUGUAUUUCAAUAACCCAGGAUAUGAUAUGGAGGAAACUCAAGAAACUGACACUACCACAUUGAUUUCUGAUAUAAAUGAUAUUGCUAUACAGGAUCCAGUAGUUAGUAAAUCUGUUACUGAAAAUGAGCCUGUACCCAGUAGUUCAGAACAGGGAAGUUCUUAUGAGAUUUUAUUUGAUCAACUCAAAGAAAAAAAUAAACAUAUAUUUGUUUUAAGUACAGCUGGUAAACCUAUUUACACAAGGUUUGGAAAUGAAAACCAAAUGGCCUCCCUUUUUGGUUUAAUGAUAGCUUUAGUGUCAGUGACUCAAGAUUCAAAUGACACGUUACAAUCGAUUUGCUGCGGACAGACUCGAAUAGUGUUUUUAAAUAAAGAUCCUCUUAUACUGGUCGGUGUUUCCCAAUCUUCUGAGCCUUAUGACCAAAUUAAAAAACAAUUAACAUAUGUGUAUAACAAUAUAAUUAGUACUUUGACGUUAACCCAGUUAAAAAAAAUAUUCCACAAUAGAACUAAUUUUGAUUUGCGAAGAUUAAUGAGUGGAUCUGAAAGAUUAAUAGAUAAACUUAUAACAUUCACUGAGAAUGAUCCAGGAUUUUUAUUAGAUUCUAUUAGUUGUCUACAAAUGCCAUCUAGUAGCAGAGAUAAAAUAACACAAACCAUAUUGACACAAUGCAGUAAAAUAAAAAAUUUAGUAUUUGGUUUAUUGAUUGCUCAAAAACAUGUUAUAUCAAUUGUACGUAUGAAAAAAUACUCGCUGCACGUAUCUGAUAUUCACUUGAUAUUAAACCUAAUAAAUUCAACAGAAUCGUUUAAAACAGCAGAAAGUUGGACACCUAUUUGUUUACCUACAUUCGAUUCUAGUGGUUACAUGCACGCUCAUAUAUCAUACCUGGCAGAAGAUUGUCAAGCGUGCUUAGUUUUGUUAACAAUUGAUCAUAAUCUUUUUUUCACACUUUCCGAUGCCAAAAGAAAAAUUACAGAAAAAAUGCGUUGCAAUGAUUGUCUCCAUACAAUUAACGAGGCAAUUAUUCGCCAACCCAUCAACUUAGCACGAGCAAAUAUUACAGGAUUGCGGCAUCUUUUGUACAAGAAUAAAAACCGCUCACAACACUGGUGCCCUCCAUUUACGUCUCCAUAUAAUACUGAUGAAUUACAACAAAACCUCAUGUCAGUAUAUUGUUCGUUAAUCAGCCAAAUUAAUUUCCCUGGACGUACAUUAAAAGUGAUUUUUCAACAAUUAACAGCUGAAACUAUGCUUGCUUGGGCAACUGAAGAUGUUGAACUGUAUAUGACUUUUGAACCACUAGUUUCUAAAGAAUGUGCAACAAAUGCAGUUACUAAAUUAACACAAUGGAUGAAAAAAGAAGAGGAUUCAUUGUUUAUAUUUAAUAUUCCUAUGUUUUAAUAUCAGUCAUUAUAUGCAAUUGAAUCCAGAAUUUGUGAUAAUAUUAAUAUAUUAAUAGGUAUCUAUCUUCAAUUAUUCUUGAGAAUUUUAAAUAAUAUUUAUAAAUUUUUAAUAUUUUAAGUUCCUCUAUAUUAUCUUUAUGUAAGUUGGAAAAAUAUGUUACAUAUUAUAUGAAAUAAAAAAAAAAAAUUUAAUAUUAUGUUAUUAAAUAUUUACAAUUAGACUUUUUCAAUUGUAUUUGUAAUUGUAUCAACUCAAAUUAUUUCAAAUGUGAAAAUAUUAAUUGGAAAUUAAUUAUUGUCACGUGUAUAAAAUAUUGCUAAGCCGCUAAGGUAAUGAUUGUAAAUGGUUAUAAAAUAUUUAAAUAUCAUAAUUUUAUUUUUUAUUAUUAUUUUAUUUAUGUUAUACUAUUAGUAUGUGUUAAUGAUACUAUUUAUACAAAACAAAAAUUAAAUAAAUUGUUAUUGUUUUUUAUGUA